AUGAAGAAGUUUCUGGGAAAUAUCAAGAAGAAGAGCUCGAGUCCCGAGCGAAAUGGGAGCAGCACUUUUGUUCUGCCACAAGGCGACUCCCCCGAGGCGGUUGUGGUCCGCGAAGUCACAGCAUUUUGCGAAUCAGGCGCCCCCAAUUCCGAUGCCGCCGGCGAAGAAUACCUCCACCUGCCUGCCAUUGUUGAUGCGGCCGAAUCCAGUCCCACCGCGGCCAAGGAGGCUGCGGCGACCAUUCGACGAUAUCUCAGCAAAGAGAACUACCAGAAAGGAUAUGCCCAGUACAACGCCGUCAUGCUCUCCCGCAUCCUGACCGACAACCCGGCCAGAGCCUUCACCCAGAAUUUCGAUCACAAAUUCGUCGCAACCGUCAAAGAGCUCCUGCGGGAAGGUAAGGACACCAGCGUACAGCAGAUACUCAGGGAAACGCUGGACUAUUUUGAGGUGGAAAAGGCGCCAGGAAAUGACAGCCUGGGGCCACUCAUGGAGAUGUGGAGGAAGGAGAAGGGAAAGCGAAAUGCAUUGCGCCCUCCGCAGGCUCAAAUCCCGGGCGCCUACGCCGGCCAUUAUCCCCAGCAACAGCAUCGACGACGAGACACCCUUCCACCCGCCGAGGAGCUGGCCGGACGGAUUGAAGAAGCAAAGACGACAGCUCGACUGCUAGUCCAGACCGUCCAGUCUACUCCUCAGGCAGAGCUACUGGCAAAUGAUCUGGUCAAAGAGUUUGCAGAUCGCGCUAAAACGAUGCAAAGGAGCAUUCAGUCGUAUUUGAACGCCCAGAAUCCCGCGCCAGACCCAGACACGAUGUUGACUCUGAUCGAAACAAAUGACCUACUGAACAUAGCCAUGUCCAAACAUCAAAGAGCGGUCCUGCAGGCCCGCAAGGCGACUGGAUUGGCGACACCAAGCCCUCAAGCGCAAACAGAGCCUCAGCAGAACCCCAUGUUCACACCUCAACAGCAUGUUCCAGGUCAGAAUGUCUAUUCCCAGACAUCACAGCCUCAGUCGGUGCCGCCGGAACAUGGACCGUACUCUUCCUCGCCUCCUCGUCGACAGAACACUAUCCCUACACCCGUGAGUCCGCUGCGGAGGGAGGAGGAAGAGCUAUAUGCGCCGCCUCCGGGGCCUCCCCCAAGUAAAAUGGGAGCACCACAAAUUCCACCGCCACAGACAAGUCAGAAUCCCUAUGACUUCUCCAAUGCCGCCGCUUUGUCUUCUGCCUUUGCCGCUCCCGAGCAGCCGCCUCCGGUGCCGACCCGUGUUCGUCCACAAUCACACGCCUAUUCAUCCAGUGCCGACUACGGUGUAGCCGACAACCCUUUUGACGACGAUGCAUAUGGAUCUCCGCAGCCACAGGCGAGAUCCAAUGCGCUUUUUGACAGAAAUCAGAACACACCCUCGCCUCAUCUGCCGCAGCAAUAUGCUACGAACCAGUAUCCACAAGAGUUGCCGAGCGAUCAACAGCGUCCUGGUCCUUACAAUGCAGGGUACCAACCAACACCGAGUUAUGUACACCGACAAGAAUCAUCGGCAGAACAUCUCACGAUGCAUGGAGGGGGCCCGACUACUGGCGCGACAGCACCAAAUGGGGGUUCAUCGUAUCCGACGAGCGGUCCUUUUGGAAGCAACCCUGUGAGCCCCAUUGAUGAGACCCAGGGCGUAGGCCGGAGGAUGAAUGAUUUACACAUUUGA